CCUUUUUCGGCUGCUAUACUGAAGGAUGCAGAAACCUCCAGAAAUUCAUGACGGUGGCCAUCACCAAUCACAGCAAAACUUAUGGCCCGUUAUUCAAUAAAGCUCCCAGAUCUCUCCCAUUCGAUAAGCUCACAGGUGUGUAUUUGUUUGUGUCUUAGAGAGAAAAGAUAAAGUCCUUCAGUAUGAAGAAUGAAGGAGGAGGCGGUUCAGGGGUAUCAACUGCCUUGAAACCCACAAAUUUUGCGCUUCUUUCAGAAGGUUGUGUGGCGUAUAUUUUAUCACAAACCUCACCUCGCGAUGCGGGUAGAGCGUCUUCGAUUUCUAGGGGUUUCAAGUGCUUCGCUAAUUCUGACGCCGUUUGGGAGCAAUUUUUGCCGUCGGAUUACCUGGACAUCAUUGCUCGAUCGGUUUCUCCGGUGGUUUACUCAUCCAAGAAAGAGUUAUACUUCCGUCUUUGUGAUUCUCCCAUCCUUCUGGAUGAUGGCAACUUGAGCUUCUACCUUAAUAAAAAGAAUGGAAAAAAAUGUUUUAUGCUAGGAGCACAGGCACUUUCAAUUGCAUGGCAAGAAACUUUAGUUUUCUGGAGAUGGAGAUCUUUACCUGAAUCAAGGUUUUCAAAGGUAGCGGAGCUUUUAGCUGUGUGUUGGCUUGAAAUAAAGGGAAAGUUUAGAACAAAAAUGCUGACAUCAGCGACUAGUUAUGCAGCAUACCUUGUGUAUAAAAUUGGACAGGUGUCACAUGGGCUUGACUUCACGGGGAAGACAUUUGUGAGACAUGUUGGUGGAAUUGGAAGAGAUGAUGACGUGGCAACCACUGUUUACUUGAAACCACCAAGGACAGGUGGUGGUUUGCAGGAUGGGUCUAGAGAUGGGGAGGUGAUGGGUGGGGGCCCACAAAGGCGGGUGGAUGGGUGGAUGGAGAUUGAAUUGGGGAGAUUUUAUAAUGGUGAGAAUGAGAUUGAUGAUGAAGUGGAAUUUUGUUUUAUGGAGACACGUGAGCUUCAUUGGAAAGCUGGGCUCAUUGUUGAAGGUAUUGAUAUUCGUCAUUUGGAUUAAAGAAAAUUAUGUGAUUCAUUGAGGGUAUUUUGGUCAUUUGAAAUGGCUGCAAAAAGGAAAUCCCAGAUUGGGUUGAGGUUAGAAAGAGUUGGAUGAAAAAAAGGAGCAAGCUAUCUAUAUCUAAUGACUCAUACCUGUAGAUGCAAUCCAGCUUUUAAAAUUCUUAAUGGGGUUUUGAAGGAAAUGAAUUGCACUAAAGGAAAAUCCCUCUUGUAAUACUUACUAAUGGCAGA